AGGAAAAAGUCCAGGCAGUGACGCGUGGCGGGCAGAGCAGCGCCGGCCACUCUGAGAGCACAGCCCCAUGCAGUGCCCUGGAGCCUCUCACCCACCUCCGCCACCCACAGUGGUCCCCACGACCACCCCAUGUUCCGUUCACGCCGUGCUGGACUGGUGCGGAGGCUGUGGCGGCAGCGCUGUGCAGCAGCCAGCCCUGAGGAUGCCCCCAGUACCCUCAAACCAGCAGUGCAUGCCCUCUUCAAGAAGCUGAAGGAUGAGGAGCUGGAGCUGCUGGUGCAGGUGGUGGAAAGCCAGGGUGCCUGGGAAUCUGGCUGCAUUUUAGCACCAUGGGGAGACGCACGAGGGGUCAAGCAGGGAGUCCCCCCUCAAGUCCUGCUCUGUCGCCUCUUCCGCUGGCCUGACCUCCACCAAUCCUAUGAGCUCAAGCACCUCUGCUACUGUGCUGGGGGCCAGGGGAUCUGUGGGGACUUGGCUGUGCUGUGCUGCAACCCCCAUCAUUUCAGUCGCCUGGCUGAACCUGAAAUCCCGCCACCCCCCUACUUGAAGGCAUCCUGUGGUCCCUCCUGGCCAGAUGAGCCCCAACACCCCAGUACUCAGCUCCUGGAGUUCAGCUACGAUGCUGGGGACUGGUGCGACACCAGCCUCUCAUGGAGCACCGUCAAGGAUGGCUGUUGGUGCAAGCUGGCUUACUGGGAGUACCGGACACGCGUGGGUCGCCUCUACGCCGUGCAUGAGGCAUCAGUGAAUGUCUUUUUCGAGCUGCCAUGGGGCAGCGGGUUCUGCCUGGCCCAGCUGCCAGCUGCCUACCGCAGCUGUGCUGUCCGGCGGGCACGUGGCAAGAUUGGCCGGGGGCUGCUACUGAGUCGGGAGCCAGGUGGCAUCUGGGCAUACAACCGCAGUGAGCACCCCAUCUUCGUCAGUUCACCCACCCUGAGCCCCCCUGGUCCCUGUGGGCUCACUGUCCUCAAGGUGCUGCCUGGCUACUCAGCAAAGGUGUUUGAUUGGGCAGGGGACAGAGCAGGCUGGCAGCUACCUGGGGAGGGACCCUGUGACCCCCACAGUAUCCGCAUCAGCUUUACCAAGGGCUGGGGACCCUGCUACUCCCGGCAGUUCAUCACCUCCUGCCCAUGCUGGCUUGAGGUUCUGCUGAACCCGCCACACUGAGGCUGGAGCUGGUGGGGGGUGACAGGGAGCUCCCCCAAAGCAGGUUCACAAGCUGGGGGACCCUUCUACUUUUCCCCAGCCUGUGUCUUCCAGGGCUGUGUUGCAGCAGGAUCGUCCUUGCUCUGGGGACUCCCUGCCUGAGUGUUGACUGGAUGCAGUGCCCCCCUUGCAUGCCUCAUCACUCUGCCAACACCUGCUUUCAGCCACGGGCCUCUCAGUGACACAGGACCCUGUUUAGUAUAUGUUAUAAUUUUAAUGUUCAA